AUGAAGCAUAAAGAUGGAAAGCCGAUUACUCAUCCGGACAAAAAUUCGAGGAAAGUCCCCAUGGCACUAAUGUUUGUUGUCCUGUGCGGAUUUUCAUUCUAUCUUGGAGGAAUUUUCUGUUCAGAAAAGGACAAAUAUGACAUGCAGGAUGUCAAUAAAGCUGCUAAGCCUUCCAACGAGAAAGCGUCGGGUCCUCUCCAGAUCAAAGCUGUCACCUUUCCUGAAUGCCCUGCGGAUUAUCAGGACUACACCCCCUGCACAGAUCCAAGGAGGUGGAGAAAGUAUAGUCUUCACCGUCUUACUUUCAUGGAGCGCCAUUGCCCUCCAGUGUUUGAAAAGAAGGAGUGCUUGGUGCCCCCUCCUGAUGGUUACAAGUUUCCUAUUAGAUGGCCACAGAGCAAGAACGAAUGUUGGUACAGGAAUGUUCCGUAUGAUUGGAUUAACAAGCAGAAGUCAAAUCAGCAUUGGCUGAAGAAAGAAGGUGAAAAAUUCCUCUUUCCUGGUGGUGGCACUAUGUUCCCCAAUGGUGUGAGUAAAUAUGUUGAUUUAAUGGAAGAUCUGAUUCCUGGAAUGAAGGAUGGGACUAUUAGGACUGCCAUCGAUACUGGAUGUGGGGUUGCCAGCUGGGGAGGUGAUUUACUCGAUCGAGGAAUUCUUACUGUCUCUCUUGCCCCUAGAGAUAAUCAUGAGGCUCAAGUUCAGUUUGCGCUAGAACGUGGAAUUCCUGCUAUCCUGGGCAUCAUCUCAACACAGAGACUUCCAUUUCCUUCGAACUCCUUCGACAUGGCACACUGUUCAAGAUGCCUGAUUCCUUGGACAGAAUUUGGCGGCAUAUACCUCCUGGAGGUACACCGUAUCCUCCGGCCGGGCGGAUUCUGGGUGCUGUCAGGCCCCCCUGUGAACUAUGAGAACAGGUGGCGCGGGUGGAACACCACCAUCGAGGAGCAGAAGUCAGACUAUGAAAAACUCCAGGAGCUCCUCACCGCCAUGUGCUUCAAGCUGUACAACAAGAAGGACGAUAUUGCAGUCUGGCAAAAGUUAUCCGACCAGAGCUGCUACAAGAAGCUCGAGUCCCCAGACGUCUACCCCCCGAAAUGCGAUGAUGGAACCGAGCCGGACUCGGCAUGGUACACUCCAAUCAGGCCCUGUGUGGUGGCUCCCGGGCAGAACUACAAAAAAAUUGCACUCAAGACCCUUGCCAAGUGGCCUGAGAGGCUGCGGGUCGCGCCAGAGCGGGUGGCGGAUGUUAGGGGGGGUAGUGAUGGUGCUUUCAAGCACGAUGACAGCAAGUGGAAGACGAGGGCCAAGCACUAUAAGAAGCUGGUUCCGGCUAUAGGGACCGACAAGAUAAGAAACGUGAUGGAUAUGAACACGCUGUACGGCGGUUUUGCAGCGGCCUUAACGGACUACCCUCUGUGGGUGAUGAAUGUGGUGUCAUCUUAUUCGCCCAAUACCCUGCCGGUGGUGUACGAUAGGGGGCUCAUUGGAACCUACCAUGAUUGGUGUGAGGCGUUCUCGACUUAUCCUCGGACGUACGACCUUCUACAUCUGGAUGGUCUUUUCACAGCUGAAAACCACAGGUGUGAAAUGAAGUAUGUCUUACUCGAGAUGGACCGUAUCCUGCGGCCAAACGGUUAUGCCAUAAUCCGGGAAUCCAGUUAUUUCGUAGAUGCUGUGGCAACUCUAGCUAAGGGCAUGAAAUGGGGCUGCCGAAAGGAAGAGACUGAAUAUGGGGCGAUCGGCACCCAAGCUGGACAGCACCCAAGUUUUCGCUACAUUCACUGCACAGACUACACAUUUAAUUAUCAACUCUCUGUUUCUCUCUUACAAGUUACAACUAGCACAAAGAAGGAUCUCGUCUAG